AUGUCUCACUAUCAAAAAUUUUCGAUCAAUUUUCGGUUAAAUGGACACUAUCAAAGAGGCAAAGUCAUUUGGCCUGCACCCAUUUUAAAACCUAAAAAUGUAAGCAAAUGAAGAAAGAAAUUGCAUUGCAUCUUAGCCAAUACCAAAUUUUCUUAUCCAAAAAUCGUAUUAAAAAAUUCUUUUUUGAAAGUAUUUUAUCUGUAUCUAAUUAUUUUAGCUGAAGGUUUAGCCUUUAAGAUCUAA